UGGCUGUAUCUCGCGGAGCCUCGUGCUGGUUUGAUCAGUUUCUCGCUCUCGGUCUCGUUCUGUAACAGAACCUCCAAAACCCCGGUGCGGGUAUUUAUGUUUUUACAGUGACUUUUCAUUAGUAUCGGAGCCGGGAGUGCAGCCCGGGUUCGGUCCGGGCUGGGGGGGAAUGUUUCGGGGACACGGGUAAAUUGGUAUAAAUAAUAGCAUUUCUAUUCAAUGCGAUUGAACGUGUGAUUGUGAGCGACUCGCAGCGCAAGAGGGAGAGCGAGGGGUAUCAUGGCCGCUCAGGUCGCCACCGCUGCCGCUCUCAACACGAGUCCGCCCGCCGAGCUGAAAAAACCGGACCGUGACCCGCAGGAGGAAACGGUGCCGGCAGAGAAUCCGCAGGAAAGUAAAGAAGCGGGGUCUGAGAGCGGAUCACCAGGGCAGAAGAAGCUGCAGGACGGGGCCGAUGUAGGGGGAGGAGGCGAUGUGGAGAUGAAGAACGGGAACGGGUCCAGGGUGAACAAUAAUAACAGCCAGAAUGACUCCGGUGCGCCGGAAGGGAAUAGCCACCCCGGGAUGGCACACCACCAUUCAGCCGCCUUUCCCCCACCUUCCUACGGGUACAGUCAGCACUACGGCCGGGGCCCUUUUCAUCAACAUGGCGGACAACAAAGCGCUGGCAUGGCCGCUUCGGGCCCGCUCGCUCAGCCGGGCGGCGGGAUGGACUCGCACCAGCCCAACUCGCACGAGCACGGGUACCCCAGCCAUCAGUUUAACAGCUACGGCCCCUUCCCCACCCGGACCCCGUACUCCGGCCCAGCGUACGUCAUGAACUCCCCACGAAACAGCCAGGCUCAGGGGGCCGGGGGCCCGCCAGCCAAACAGCCGCAGCCAGCGGGAGGAGGGACAGCCAUAGGCGCCUCGUACAGUAAUCAGCGGUAUAACAUGGGGAACCCACAGCCCUCCUCCACGCCGACUCUAAACCAGCUCCUAACCUCUCCCAGCUCCGCCAGGGGAUACCAGAACUACCCACCGACCGACUACGGCAGCAACCAGGAAGGGGCUAACAAGGGGCCGGCCGACAUGGGCAGCGGCAGCCAGUACGCUGGGGGCCACCAGGUCUGGCACCAAAGGAGCCACCACCCGUCUCCCCUCAGCCCUGGGGUCCCGGGCCAGCCGCUGAGCAGAACCCAGGUGGCAGGUUCGAUGGAGCAGAUGGGGAAGUUGCGGGGGCAGGGCUUUGGGCCGGGGGGGCUGUACCCCCAGCAGCAGGGUGGCCCCGCCGGCCCCCAGCAGGGCCCCUCAUACCCGGGGCAGUACAGCCCUCAGAGAUACCCCAUGGGCCUGCAGGCUCGAACCCAGGGCAUGGGUCUUCAGUACGGACAGCAGAUGGCAGGUUAUGGACAGCAGACCCAGGGCUCAUACUACAGCCAGCAGGCCCCCUACCUUCAGCAUCAUGGGUCCCAGUCUGGGUACCCCCAAACCCAGGGCCCCUCGUCUUACAGCCAGCAGCUGCCUCAGUCUGCCCAGGCCUACAGCCAGCAGGGCAGCCCCUCCUCACAGAGCUCCCCGGCCCCCCAGGGGCCACAGUCCGCAUACCCCCCGACCCCGGGCCCCACGCCCCCCCAGCAGCAACAGCCCCCCCAAACCACCACGCCCCAAUCCCAGCAGGCCCCCCAGGGCCACACCCCUUACGGCCAAACCCCCCCAUCGCAACAGCAACAACAACAACAGCAGCAACAACAACAACAGCAGCAACAGCAGCAACAACAACAACAACAACAACAACAACAACAACAGCAGCAACAACAGCAACAGUCUCAGUCUCCGUAUCAGAGAUUCCCUCCUCCUCCACAGGAGCUAUCCCAGGAUUCCUUCAGCUCCCAAUCCAGUGCUCCUCCUUCCAGCCAAUCCAGUGCUCCUCCUUCCAACCAAUCCAGUGCUCCUCCUUCCAACCAAUCCAGUGCUCCUCCUUCCAACCAACCUGUGGCUUCCAACAAAAGCAGCGGAGAUGAUGUCACAAUGCAGGGCCGUCCCUCCAGUCUGCCUGACCUGUCGGGCGCGAUCGAUGACCUCCCCACGGGGGCGGAGGCGGGGCUGAGCCCGGGUGUGUCCAGUAGCCAGGGAGAGCAGAGCAACUCCGCCCAAUCACCUUUCUCCGCCCACACCUCGCCCCUCCCCCCCGGCCUGCGCGGCCCCUCCCCCUCCCCUGUGGGCUCCCCUGUGCGCUCCGGACCCCUGUCCCCCACCGCCGUGCCAGGGAGCCAGAUGCCCCCCCGACCCCCCAGUGUGCAGUCAGACGGCAUCCUGCACCAGCCCAGUCUGGCCCAGGAGAGAGGGUUCAUGCAGAGGAACCCGCCCCAGAACCAGAACCAGAACCAGAACCCUGCGUACGGGUCGCACCAGCCGGGCUCAGCCACAUCUCCGCGCCAGUCCUCCGGAGCCCAGGUGCAUGCUGGGAUAGGGCCGUAUCAGCAGAACAACUCCAUGGGCUGCUACGUGCCCCAGGCUUACCCCCGGCAGCCGGGCUACAGUGGGAUGCCCAACGCCCAGUACUCAGGCCCUGCCAUGAACCCCGUACCCAGCCAGGGAGGGGGGGGGGGCUAUGCUGGCAUGUCCCCAGGCAGGAUGGGACCUGGCCAAAUGGGCACCCGCCCCUAUGGCCCCAACAUGGCCCCCAACAUGGCCCCCAAUAUGGCCCCCAACAUGGCCCCCAACAUGGCCCCCAAUAUGGCCCCCAACAUGGCCCCCAACAUGGCCCCCAACAUGGCCCCCAUUCCCCCCCAGGUGGGCUCGGGGAUGUGCCCGCCCCCUGGGAACAGGAAGGCCCAGGAAGCUGCUGCUGCUGCCAUGCAGCACGCCGCAACCAACUCCACACACAACAGGCCUCCUGGGUACUCCAGCAUGUCGCCGGGCCUGAUGGGUAACACCCCCCCCUACGCGCCCCCCCUGAACAGUGUGCCUGGCAUGAUGAGCCCCCAGGGCUCUCCGUACCCUGCCAACAACAACUCCACAGGUAUGUCUCCUAGCCCAGAGUUCCUGGAUGUGAAGCUCAGUCAGAAGAUGACGCCCAAGUCCGAGAGCAAAUCCAAGAAGUCAAACUCCUCUACGAUGACCAAUGAGAAGCUGACGCGUCUGUACGAGCUGGGGGCGGAGCCUGACAGGAAGCUGUGGGUGGAUCGCUACCUGGGUUUCCUGGAUGAGAAGGGUCUGGGCAUCGGGAACCUGCCCGCUGUGGGCCGCAAGCCGCUGGACCUGUUCCGCCUCUACGUCUCCGUCAAAGAGAUCGGGGGCCUCACACAGGUGAAUAAGAAUAAGAAGUGGCGGGAGCUGGCCACCAGCCUGAAUGUGGGCACCUCCAGCAGUGCAGCGAGCUCCCUGAAGAAGCAGUACAUCCAGUGUCUGUACGCCUUCGAGUGCAAGGUGGAGCGCGGGGAGGACCCACCCCCCGAAAUCUUCACCGACAACAAGAAGAACCAGCCCAAGAUCCAGCCUCCUUCCCCAGCUGGCUCCGGGUCGCUGCAGGGACCUCAGACCCCCCAGUCCACCAGCAGCUCGAUGGCAGAGGGAGGAGACCUGAAGCCCCCCACCCCCGUGUCCACCCCCCACAGCCAGAUGCCCCCCAUGCCCGGCGUCAGGAGUGGAGCAGUUAGUCUGCAGGACCCUUUCUCCGACGGCAGUGACCCCGUCUUUCACCGGAACUCUGCCACCCCAAACUCAAGCUUCCAACCCGGCUCCCCCUACGAGCCUAACAAGGACCCCUUUACCGCCAUGAGGAAAGUAGGGGAGCAGUUCAUGCCCUCAGGACAGGGUCCCAACAGCAGUGUGGGUGAGCAAUACAGCCGUGGGCCGCUAGGAACUCUGGGUAAUAUGCCCAUGGCCCAGAGGCAGCAGUACCCGUUUGGGCCUGGGUACGACAGGAGGCCAGAGGCAGGUCUCGGUCCGGAGGGUGGCACGGGGCCCACAGCCCCUCUGCCCAGCGCUGACGCCGGGCUGUGCUCACCCAGCCGCUUCCCUCCACAGCAGAGGCAUGAUUCCUAUGGUAAUCACUACCCUGGCCCAGGAGUGCCCCCUACUGGCCCAUACCCCAACCAGCAGCCAGGAAUGUUUCCUCAGCAGCAGCAGCAGAGCUACAAGAGGCCCGGGGAGGGGGGGUAUGGCCCCCCAGCGAAGCGGCAUGAGGGGGAGAUGUACGGCCAGUUCAGUGCCCCCCCCCAGCAGUAUGGCUCCGCGUACGCCCCCGGGCCUGAACGCCGGGCCCCGGGGCCCCAGGGCCAGUUCCCCUUCCCCUUCGGCCGAGACCGGGGGCCUGGCUCCACAGGGCCCAAUGCCCCCUCCUCGCUGAUGGGCAGCCCCAUGCAGGGCCCCGAGGGGCCCCAGGGGGGGGCCGGGUGGCAGGGCCGUGGAGAGAUGAGCUACUCCGCCUUCCCCGGCCGCCAGGGCCCCACUGGUCCCGCCCAGGGGCCCGCUCAGGGGCCCUCCCAGGGGCCCGCGUACCAUGGCAUGGCCCGCCCGGAGGACAUGAUGGUGGGGGACCAGCGCAUGAAUCACCAGGACUGGGCCGGUCAUGUGACCCAGCGCCAGCCUCCCUACGGGCCCGGAGGAGCCCCCAUGCCCCGCCCCCUGCAGCCCGGCUACCAAUCACCACAGUCCAUGCAGAACCACAUUGCGCAGGUGUCCAGCCCCGCCUCCAUGCCAAUGCCCCGCCCCCUGGAGACCCGCCCCUCCCCCAUGCACCCCGGGAUCAAGAUGCAGAAGGCGGGGCCUCCCGUUCCCGCCUCCCACAUCGCCCCGCCCCUCACGCAGCCGCCACUCAUCCGCCGUGACAUCACCUUCCCGCCGGGCUCCGUAGAGGCCACGCCCCCUGUGCUCAAACCGCGACGCCGCCUCAACACCAAGGACAUCGGGACGCCAGAGGCGUGGCGAGUGAUGAUGUCACUGAAGUCGGGUUUGCUGGCGGAGAGCACCUGGGCGCUGGACACCAUCAGCAUCCUGCUGUACGACGACAACAGCGUCGCCACCUUCAGCCUGGGCCAAUUGCCGGGGUUCCUGGAGCUGGUUGUGGAGCACUUCCGGCGCUGCCUGAUUCAGAUCUUCGGGAUCCUGCAGGAGUAUGAGGUGGGGGACCCCGGCCAGCGCACGCUAUUGGACCCCCAGGCCCUGAACCGCGCCCCUGAGGGGGCGGAGCCUGAUGAGCUGGAGGAGGAUGUGGAUGAGGAGGAGGAAGAAGAGGAUGAAGAGGAGCAGGAGGAGCAGCCGUGCGAGAAGGCUGGUGAGGGGGAGGAGCCUGAGAGCAUGGAGGGCCAAUCACCUGCCCUGGAGCCCGGCUCCGCCCCCAGUGCAGAGGCCCCGCCCCCCAAGGAGAAGCCCAAGCAAGCCAGUAAGUUCGACCGGCUGCCCAUCCGGGUGGUGCGCAGGAGGGCCCCUUUUGCGCCAGGCCAGGGGGCCAGACGGGGGCCCCUGCAGGAGUUCGACAGCGGUCUGGUCCACUGGAGCAUCGGGGGAGGGGACACCACCCUCCACAUCCAGACCCACAUGGAGAGCCCUGCUGACCUGCUGCAACAGCGAACCCAGCCUGCCCCUACCUCUGCCUCUACUCCUGCCCCUGCCCCUGCCUCUACCUCUACCUCUACCCCUGCCCCUGCCCCUGCCUCUACCCCUGCCCCUGCCCCUGCCCCUACCCCUACCCCUACCCCUGCCCCUGCCCCUGCCCCUACCCCUACCCCUACCCCUGCCCCUGCCCCUGCCCCUGCCCCUGCCCCUGCCCCUGCCCCUGCCCCGGCCCUGUCCACCGACACGCGGCCACACAGUGAGGGGGCGGAGCCAGACUGUGCAGGGGCGGGCAGCGGUCACAUGACAGCCCGGGUGGCGGACAUGUCUGAGUGCAGUUCCACCCCGGCGCAGGAGGGGGCGGCAGAGGCCGCCUGGCGGAGCGGCGCGGGGCCGGAGGAGGAGCCGCACAGUCAGGACGAGGAGCCUCUCUGCACCCUGGCGCCCUGGCAGGACGCGCUCGCCCGCCGCUGCGUCUGUGUCUCCAACAUCGUCCGCGGCCUCUCCUUCGUCCCCGGCAACGACCUGGAGAUGUCCAAGCACCCGGGCCUCCUGCUGCUCCUCGGGCGCCUGCUCCUCCUGCGGCACCGGCACCCGCAGCGCCGGCGCGCCCCGCUCACCUACGAGAAGGAGGCGCAGGAGGCGCAGGAGGGGCGCGAGGGCGGGGCGCGGGGGGCGGGGGCCGGGGAGUGGUGGUGGGACUGUCUGGAGCUGCUGCGGGAGAACUGCUUGGUGACGCUGGCCAACAUGGCGGGGCAGCUGGACCUGUCUCUGUACCCCGAGAGCGUGUGUCUGCCCCUGCUGGACGGGCUGCUGCACUGGGCCGUGUGCCCGGCCGCACAGGCCCAGGACCCGUUGCCCACGCUGGGCCCGGGCGGCUCCCUCUCGCCCCAGCGCCUGGUGCUGGAGGCGCUCAGCAAGCUGAGUAUCCAUGACAACAACGUGGACCUGCUGCUGGCCACGCCCCCCGCCGCCCGAUUGGACACGCUGUACGGCGCGCUGGUGCGGUUGCUAGGCGAGCGCCGGGUGCCCGUGUGCCGCGAGAUGGCCGUGGUGCUGCUCGCCAACCUGGCCCAGGGCGACAGCCUGGCCGCCCGAGCCAUCGCCGUGCAGAGGGGCAGCGUGGGAAACCUGCUGGGCUUCCUGGAGGACUGCCUGGCAGCCACACAGCUCCAACAGUCCCAGAGUUCCCUGCUGCAUCUGCAGGGGGCGCACCUGGAGCCCACCAGCACAGACAUGAUGCGGAGAGCCGCGCGCGCUCUGCACGCCAUGGCCCGGCUGGAGGAGAACCGCGCCGAGUUCACGCUCUACGAGUCCCGCCUGCUCGACAUCGCCGUGUCCCCGCUCAUCAACACACUCGUGUCCCAUGUCAUCUGUGAUGUACUCUUUCUGAUUGGCCGCUCGUGACGGCCAUGGGGUGUGGUGGCUCCGCCCCUCUGACUGAGUGUGUAAGAGAGUGUGUGUGUGUGUGUGUGUGUGUCUGAGUGUGUGUGUGUGUGUGUCUGAGUCUGAGUGUGUGUGUGUGUGUGUCUGAGUCUGAGUGUGUG